AGCAGUUUGUGAUUUCCGUUUUAUAUUUUCUUAAUUUAAUCGCGUUUGUUGGUGCCAUUGUUGAGUGCUUUGAUAAGAUUAAUUUGUAAUAAGAUUUGUUCAAUGUGUCGCGUGCGGUGGCGGUCGCUAAGAUGAAAGUUACAGUGAAAAGUUGGAUGGGAGUUGCCGUCUGGAAAUGGCUUGCCAACGAUGACAAUUGCGGAAUCUGUCGAAUGGCCUUCGAGGGCUGCUGUCCGGAUUGUUCGCUUCCGGGAGAUGAUUGUCCGCUUGUUUGGGGGGCCUGUUCGCACUGCUUCCAUAUGCAUUGCAUCGUGAAAUGGCUCAACUCGCAGGCUAACCAGCAGUGCCCGAUGUGUCGCCAGACUUGGAAGUUCAACGAAAAGUAGAACGAACCGAGACUGGCCGGGAAGCAAGUGUACGGUGGUGCGUGUCAUUUUGGAGCUAAUCGUUGUUUUUGCACAAUUUGCUCGGAAGGAUAAACUAUUCGGAACAACAUUUUUGCCUUGAGAGUAAUAGCAGAUUAAGUGGUACGAAGCAGAAAGAUACAUUGAAUCAGAAAAAAGCGUGGAAUUGUGGUUUAUUCGGUCGUGGGUGGAUCAACUUGGUCGAUCGGUUGUUUUGUAGAUCAAUACAAGCGAGGUGCUAGUGUAAAUUUAGUUAGUGCUAACAAAGUACUGUGGUUAUACUUACUAUUUCAGUAUGAAUAUCAGUGUUCAGUGUAUUGCGUGCAAAAUCAUUUCGGCGUGAUGAUUGAAUUGAAAACUGGACCAAAUUAAUUGUGGACAGAGGAAAUUUUAGUUCAACGGAAUUUUUCGAC